AUGUAUCAACCUCCACAUCCUCAUACUAUACAUCCACCGUCUUCAUCGACGCCACCUAUUAACACCUUUUCGAAUCCUCAAAACAUUCUUCGCUUCCGUGACUUUCACGCUAGACACUUUACUCAAAAAAAUUUUUUUUUACACGCACUAAAUCCAAAUCCAAGACCUUUAUGGUGCAGGGCUGAAGGCUUAGAAAAUUGGGAGCAAGAACCCGAGCUUGCCGAAAAUUUUGAAGAAUGUAAUGAGGGGGAAUGGAAUGGAGAGGAAUGGAAUGAAGAAGGGAACGAAGUAUGGAAUGAAGAAGGGAACGAAGUAUGGAAUGAAGAAGGGAACGAAGUAUGGAAUGAAGAAUGGAAUGAGGAAUGGAAUGAAGAGGAAGAGAAAGUGGAAUUUGUAUUGAGCGAGGAAGCUAUCUCAAUGUUUCGGUUUUCUGAAUUAAGAAAACAACAACUUGCAGAAGCCAAUUCAUCAUCUACUUCUCAAAUUCAAUCCUCCGAGAAAUGUGAUGAUUCAUCUACACCUAUAUAUCUUACCUCUGAACCAGAUCCAUCUUUAAUUUCACCAACAAACUUGACCACUGUAGAAUUACAACAAUUAUACGGUGAUUCUUAUCCGUCUAUAACCAUUUUAGAAGCAGCUGUGAAUUCUACUUUUAUUCAAAGUUGUAAAGUUGAUAAAAAUCACAAUGAUAACAUAACUGGAAAUCCUAGUAAGGCAGUAUAUUGGCCUGCUGUACCUUUAAGAUUUGCUUUAUAG